UACAUCCAAACCUUAGACAAUAAAAGUCUGAUAUAUAGUCUAAGAUCAAAACCAUUCUCUCAGAUGCCUCAGCAAAGAAAUUCGUCGAUGAAUAUAUCGAAAAAUUUGGAGGUUUUCAUGGAUUAUUCUAAUCCUUGCUGACCAUUGCUCUUUAGAAGAUUUUUUUUUUGUAUUCAAUAAAUAUUUUUUUUUGAAAAUCUAAUAUUUAUUUUGAAUAGGAUCUGUUUCACAAAUUUUGAAUGAUUCAGAUUUUUCGUUUUAUAAUUUUACCCUGAAUAUGAAAUUUCCAGAUUUUCUGUAUUGAUAAGUAUCAUUCUAUAAGGCUAUACCAAAGUUAGCGUUGCCAAGGAAUGAUUUGUUGACAGUGUCGAAAAUAAUAACAUAAAUAAUCAUUGCGAAGGUACAAAAGUGGCGAUCGAUGAGAAUAUUCAAGAAAAAAUGCUUUAUAUUUCUGGAAAAAAUUCACUCACAAGUGACAUUAAGACAGAUUCCAAUGAUUCUCGAAAUUAUUUGGUAGAUAGUCAAUUAAUUGACAAGAAUAUCCCCUUAAAUAAUGAGAAGGCAUCUGUUUCCAACACCAUGAGCAAUAAGGAACGAGUACAAAGAUUUAUUGAUUGCAUGAAAAUGAAACAAGAAAUAAAGAAGAAACAUGAGGUUUCUAAAAUUAACAUGGAGGAGAACACUCAAGUUUCGAUCAAUCCCUAUAAAAAUGUUGGAGCAUCAUUUCAAAAUCGCUUUUUAGCCCAAAAAAAUAUAAUUGAUAUGCAAAAGUCUAGAUUGUUAGAACAGGAGAGAAUUAUAAAUGAUUUGAAGAUGGGUAUAAUGUCAAAAGAAGAUAUCCAAAGAACUGAUAAAUAUGAUCUUGCAGAAUUAUUUCAAGAUUGCAAAAUGAAAUUAUUAGGCAGAGUCCCUUUAGACUAUAUUCCAAAAAAUCAAGGGCUUCUUGUUAAACCACAAACUGCUCCUAAAAUAAUUCAGGAAUUAGAAAAAAGAGCCUUGGAAAGAAUGAAGUAUAGGGAGAUGAUUAAAGAAAGGAAAAAAUUAUUGGAAGAAACCAAAAAAAAAAUUCAGGAAGAGAACUUGAGAAGAAAACAUCAAAUGGAGGAGGAAGAAAGGUUGAAACACUUAGAAAUGUUGAAUGAAAGACACAGACAAGAACAGGAAAGAAUGAAAAUUAGAAAAAUCAAUAAGGAGAUAUUUCAGAGAAAUUUAAAUAAGGCUAUUGCAUUUAAUGAGAAAAAUGUUUUAAGAAGAGCAUUUCAUCAGUUGAAAUGUGAAUAUUUUAAUUCCAAAGAUAAAGAGAAGAUGAGUGAAGAACACAAUAAAAAAAAAAUUUUAGAAAAGAGUUUUAAAAUAUUACUUGAAAUUAUACAUUACAAAUAUUCACUGAAAUGUGAAAUUGCAGAUGGUUUUCGAAGGAAAGUAGUACUGAAAAUGAGUUGGCGAGGAUUUAAAGAGAACCAUCUAGAUGGAAUAAGGUCAUGGCAAGUGGCCGAAGAUUUUAAUGAUUUUCGAAUAGAGAGGAACUUUUUGAUAGCGUUAUCGAGCUUCACUUCCAAGGAAAAAAUUCUGAGGGACAUUAAGACUCAACAAGCUUGUUAUCAUUACCAGAGAAAACUAAUAUUUUACUCCUUUUUUCACUGGAAGUCCCUGCCGUUAGUUUUGAAGAUGGAGAAAGUGAAAGAAGAACGAAAACAGAAGUGGAGAAAAAAAGUUCUUGAAAUUUUACCUGAUUUCAAUCCUUCUGAAACUUAAUAAAUAUUUAUUGUUAUUUUAAAUUUUGUACACCCAUAUUUUCGAAUAUAACAAACUUUAUUUAUA